UUCCCCCAUUCCUCAGAUUGGACCCUGCAAUCGCCAACCAGCUGCAAGCCGCGCGCAAAAAACGGCUCUUUACUUGCCGUGAGAUGCCCAGCACCUGAUCGUAGCGCGGCCACUAUCGACAUCGGGGUGGCACGGUGGGUGUACUUGAUAAUAAUUGGUAUUAGUCGGAGGCUUGAAGAGCAAACUGACAAGGUUGAGGAAAACCUGAAGAGAGGCCCUGAGACCAGAUAGGUGAAGUGGGCAGGAGGAGCCUGGCUGAGUCUCGAGAAGCCGUCCACAAUCCACGGUGGUGCGGCAUGCUUUUCCCCUUCCAUUUGGUCCCCCCCAGUCCACUCGGGUGCCUUCUCUCGCCCAGUUCCUUGGUAUUCAGCCAUUACGAGUACAAUCCUGGCCACUGAGAGCUGCUGCGCCUCCUUCCAGACCACCCAUCGUCUGUCUACCUUGCCUUUAGUCUCGUCUUAGCCAUCGAAAAAAUAAAUCCAGCUUUGUUUCUUUUUUGGCGUCUCAGAGCCUCUGCAUACAUAAUCGAGCCUGUUUUACCCAAAGUCCCAAAUCGCAGCGAACAUCAUUUGCGCGCGAUUCGAAAGUCCCAAACCAACAUCGCUCAAACCCACCCAAAUUACGACGUCAUGGCUGCUGUGCCGUCAGAUCCUCCAGCCGUGGCUGCCACCACCAACACCAAUUCUAUCUCGACGAACAGCGAUGCCAAGAAAGCAUCUGACUCCACGGAGACAGCUACGCACGCCGCGGAGCCCAAUGCUACGACGACAACUGAGGAGUUGAAGGCCGCUCCGGAGCCCAACAGCGCAGAGGACGCAAACGGAGUGUCUUCGUCAAACGGUCAAGAUGCGACGGGGGACGAGCCGAAGCCUAGUCUACCUCCUCGGCCGACAUCAAUAGACGCCAGGGAGGGACUGCCGCCCACCGACCAGUCUGUACAACAACCACCAAACACCGCCACGACAACGAGCACAAGGUCGCCAAGGACCUCUACGACUCAAGGCGCCGACACGGCAGCGACCUCGAUAGAAAUCGACAACACCAAGCCCGCCGACUUUGAGGGCGAAAUCUCCACCAACAACGACCUGCCAACGCCCCAGGUUCUGAAGAAGAUCGAGAACUACGUAGUCCUAGAUCGUCAUGGGAAGAGCCACACGUUCAAGAGCUUAUACACCGGUCGCAAUGUCGCGAGGCGAGUCCUCGUCAUCUUCAUCCGCCACUUCUUCUGCGGCAAUUGUCAGGAAUUCCUACGAUCUCUGUCCGAAUCGAUAACCCCCGAUGCUCUGCUGGGCCUUCCCAUGAGCACAUUCAUUACCGUCGUCGGCUGCGGCAACCCUGGCCUGAUUGAAAUGUACCUCCAGGAGACGGGCUGCCCCUUCCCCGUAUACACCGAUCCCACGCGACGUCUCUUCGACACCUUGGGCAUGACGCGCACCCUCGCGCUAGGAGCUCGACCGGCCUACAUGCGCAAAUCCAUGCUCAAAUCAGCCGCCGAGAGCGUGUUCCAGGGGUUGAAGCAGGUCAAGAGCGGCCUGGCCACAAAAUCGGGCGACCACAGACAAGUGGGCGGCGAGUUCCUCUUCGAGCCCCUGGAGCUUGUGACACCUGUCUCGACACCAUACGCCGAGCGACAGAUCGAGGAAGCCAUGACGUCAAAGAAGAACAGCAUCGACAACAAGGAGGGCAUCGACGGAGAGGGCGGCGACGACUUUGAGCCGGAGGAGAAGAGAGUGACGUGGUGCCACCGCAUGCGCUCCACGCGAGACCACGCCGAAAUACCCGAGCUGAUGGAGAUUCUCGGACUCAACGGGUCCGGAAAGCCUCCCGCUCACGAGAACAAGAGGUGGUCCAGGGCGCUGGAGACGAGGAAGGGGACGGGGUUGAGCAUGGCUAGCCAGAUGAGCAAGUUGAGCGAACAGGAACGAGCAUAGGAGCGGCGAGGCUUCUUUUGGGUCGUCGACGGGUCAGUGCGGUCCAUCGUCCGCCAAGGCUCCGAGAAUUGGGAAUGACUUGCCUACAGUUCACGGGUCCAGGCCGUGCUGCGUGGUGCGUGGAUGACCGCGGGCAAGCUGCCGAGUGGUCUUUCUUGUUUUUAUUCGUUAGGGCUGAUAUCAGCAUAGCCUCUCAAUGAUACCUGCAGCAUACAUCAAAUCUUGCAAUUCUCUGGUAGAAUAGGUUCAAUAAGACAGGCCGACAGACCUUGGGUCAUCUCGACGACCACGUUCCAGCGGGGGGUGAGAUGCGGUUGAAUUUACUCGCCGAGGGCGGGUGCCUCAUCCCAUGGACGAGAUGAAGGGAGCUACAAGGUUUGACUCCAGCCAGAUCAUCCAAACUCGGGCACAACUUUCUACCGCUGUCCCUCGUACCGGCGACAACUUGAGGCCUUAGGUUACAACCCGUCUUACGUCUCCUUCGCCAUUCUGGGACCGAUGCAAAACUAAGCAAGAUGUUGCGAGUACGACAAAAUACCUACAUCGUAUCGUCAGAUGAACUAAGGCACUGCCAGUCUCGUCGGCUGAGUCGGUACCUUGCAUCCUUCCGGCAGCCUUCGGCACCUUCGCUCAAGACCACACCUU